AAUUAUGGUGGCAGAAUGAGAAGUCUCAGUUAGCUACUUGUUAGCUCAUGGCUAGCUCCCUAGCUACCUCCAGAGACUUCAGCAGCAGACUGAGUGCACAUCCUGUGGGGCUUGGCUCUGUCUGACAACGCCCGCCCGCAUGGGAGAACCAGACAACACCUCAGCUUCACUUUUUGUGCCAAUGUCACAUCAAUUUCGCACUAAUAUUAACAUUUCAUCAUUAUUAAUAGUAUUUCUGAGUGUUUUUAGUGAUUUGGUUGCGUGGUAUAACAUAAAAAAAUUACAUGCAGUGGAUAAAUGCAUGGUAAUUGAUUAAUUGAUAAUCAACAUAAAUGUUAGCACGUUUGUUCAGAGAAGUCAUGGAAAGAAACCUUUCAGCUUGUCCGAAGAUGCAUGGACAAACCCAAAGAUGCCUCCAAACCAUGUGUGCCGCUGCUUAGAUCCCUGGAAAGGCUCCAGGAAGUGGCUAAUGUGUCCUCUAUGAAUACCAUGAGGUCUCGUCUGGAAAUGAUUGCCAAACAACAAGGAAUGGGCUUUCACAUCACUGAGGCCACAUGCUACCUGACAGCUGAUUUGUUUUACCUGGAGGUGGUGUUGCUGCCGUGUGGCAGGGCGGAUGAGGUCAAAGUGGCCCCACAUGGAGGGUCCCCUGUUCCCAGUGAGUCCUUUUUGCAGCUGCUGAAGUUAAAGAAAUUCUCUGAGUUCGCCAUGAAGUUGGCAGACCUGUUCACCCAGUACAACAUCCCUGGAGACAGUGACCAGAAAUUAAAAUUGUUUGCAUCUUUGCAAUUCCUUGGAAAAGACUUGGAGCAAAUGUCACUUUUACCAUGUGUGCCUAUUGACACUGACCCCCAAGGUGACAUGAUUAACAAUGGCAGACUUGGGUGUCUAAUCGUUGGAAAAGCAGAUUGCCCUCUGUUUAUCCAGUUCUAUUCCCAUCCAACUGAUGGAAUGAAGACCUCUGAUUUACAAGAAGAAGAAGCAAAAAUGACUGAUGGAGAGACGGUGGUGCAGGCAGCACUGGUGACGGUUCAUGUCAGUGAUGUGCCUUGCAAGCUUCAGACAGCCUCUGUGAUCCCACAGCCUCCACAGCUGGAUCCCCGGGGUUAUCCUGUGUCCCUGCCGUUAGGUGAGAUGCCGUGUGAGGUGCUGCCUGCAUGCUUUCUCCUCAAACUGCAGCCGGCAAUACCAAUGAUGUUCCCUUUCGUAAACAAGCUCAAACAAAUAACAGAUGUGAUCAUACCAGAUGCUGACCUGCAGUGGGCAGCCUUACCCAAGCUUCUUAUGAGUAGUUCACCAAGUGCAAAAAUCCACAGGGAGACAUUAGAGGAGCAGGAUACUAUUUUUACGGCGCCUCUUCCUGGUAGUGUGAUGCACCGUUAUAUCCUCCCUGGAGCUGCAUGGGAGGUGCCCGCCCUAAGAGGGACCGUGGUGGACAGUAUUCCCUUCACCCACCCGGCCCAUGUACCAGCCCUACUGGAGCUGCUUCGACAUCAGUGUGCCAUCAACACCCUGCUGAGGAGCUGUAUGACCUCUCAGUGUACAGGAACAGACUGUGACCAGCACUUUGAAGUGCGUCCUGAGUCUGAGACCAGCUUUUCCGUGACCUUCCAGCGACCUCACUCUGACUCCCUCGUUGUUUUGCUGGUGAAUUUAUCCGAUGCUCAUCAGAUUACCUGCACUUUGUUUGGGGCAGGAAUAGGGGACCCCUCUUUGGAAGAAAACCUCUCCUCUAUUAUGAAGAAGUCCAUGUCCAUGCCUCAGGCCUUGAGGACAUUGUUCCUCAAGCUGGAGGAGAUCACCCCGGCCCCACUUUCCGCCAGCCCUGAGGCCCCAACAGAGGCUGAAAAUGACCACUCGGCUCCCACGAGUACCGCUGUGUCAGACACCAACGGUGCCUUGACCAUGUUCUCCCAGAAUGCAGCUGUGCCAGAAGACGACUUCAGCGCUUCUGAUUCGGCCUGCUAUGCCAAGUCUGAGCUCCUUCCUGAAAUAAACUCCAGUCCUGCUGUCAGCCCUUACCCUUUUGCUCCUGGGGGUGUGUUUUCACACUGGAUGACCAAUAAUGGCCACCUGUCAGAGCUGAGCUGAAACUAUGUUUACACGUGGUGAAAUUUCGUUUUUAAAAUGUCACACUUAAAUAAAUAUAUUGGUUAAGCACAUUUUCCUCAGUACUGUAUCACUACUUUAAAACAUAUUGUGUGUAACUUGCCAGCUAUAGAUGCUGACGUUUUUAAUCCAGUUAGUGUGAUCACAUCCAUCUCCUACAGAAAGCUGAAGUGUUUCUUACUUUGCAUUCCAGUGUGGCAGAAAUUGCUGCCUGUAAAGGUUUUGAGGUUUGGCAUUUGACCUCUCUCAGACAGCCAAGAGCCCAGUUGAUUGGUACCAUGUGAGCCAAUCAAACAUUGUAAAAGUGCAUUCUUGAAGGCUCAUUAGAGUAAAGAGAUCGACACCAUAAACAUUAAAGUCAGGAAUGGCUGUUCUGUAAGGAAAA